AUACUCGACGACCAAAAAGAUACACGACGACCAAAGAGAUACACGACGACUAAAGAGAUCCACGAAGACGAAAGAGAUACUCGACGACUAAAGAGAUACUCGACGACGAAAGAGAUACACGACGACGAAGGAGAUACUCGACGACUAAAGAGAUACUCGACGACUAAAGAGAUACUCGAAGACGAAAGAGAUACACGACGACGAAGGAGAUACUCGACGACUAAAGAGAUACUCGACGACGAAAAAGAUACACGACGACCAAAGAGAUACACGACGACUAAAGAGAUCCACGAAGACGAAAGAGAUACACGACGACGAAGGAGAUACUCGACGACUAAAGAGAUACUCGACGACCAAAAAGAUACACGACGACCAAAGAGAUACACGACGACUAAAGAGAUCCACGAAGACGAAAGAGAUACUCGACGACUAAAGAGAUACUCGACGACUAAAGAGAUACACGACGACGAAAGAGAUACACGACGACGAAAGAGAUACUCGACGACGAAAGAGAUACUCGACGACUAA